CAGCUUGUAUAUGUUGUAUAUGUUCAUGUGAUAAAAACUCGCUGCCACCUAUAAAAAUGCUCUGAUAUCUUGUGACUAUCAGUUGAUGGUGCUGCAUCUAAGCAGAUUUUCUCAUGCACAAGUGGAACAUUUUCUCUUACCCUGUUCCUUCCUACAACACUCUGGUCUGAUAAAUGUCAUUUUAGCCUGUAAGUGAUGUGACUGAGACAUUAGAGAGGAGCAGAGGAGAGAGGAGCCCCGGCCCCUCCCCUGCUGUUCACGCCCCUCGGAUCGGAUAGCAGCCGGCUGCAUUACUCCCCCAGGAGGUCUGGUGUGCUCAGUAAACCCCGCUCUUCUCCGUGGUGCCGGACUGACGGAUGAGACUGCUGAUCCCCGCUGCUGGAGAGGAAGAGGAUGAGCCCGUCCUGUAGCACAGACUCCUGAUCACACCGGCUGAAGCAUCCAGAAUCCGCUCUGGACCCUGAGACGCCGUAAUCAGGAUCUUGCAGAAAGAAUCUCAACAUGAUGUCAAAAAGAUGCUUCAUCCUAUUUCUGCUUCUAGCUUUAGUGCUUCCUGUGGUUAGAGCUAAUAGGCUGCUAAAAAGGAAGCCUCAGGACCACCACAAGCUUUGUGUGUGUGCUAGCGAUAUCAUCAGCUGCUCUAAUGUGAGUCUAACCAAGGCCACCUUCGAUUUUCCUCAGCACACGGUAGUCCUGGACCUCAGCUUCAACUCCAUCACUCAACUCCUUGCUACAUGGAUGUCGACUGAUCUCAACCAGCUGCAGACGUUGCUGCUGAACAACAACAACCUCACCUUCCUCUCCUCCGAGGCCUUCGUGCACACGACAAGGCUACGCUACCUGGACCUCUCCAGCAAUCGCCUGACCCUCCUGGACGAGUUCAUCUUUGAGCCGCUGGAAAAACUGGAGAUACUUCUGCUGUUCAACAACUGCAUAUCUCAAAUCGACCGCUCUGCCUUCCACACCAUGGUCGCUCUCCAGAAGCUCUACUUGAGCCACAAUAAGAUCUCACGCUUCCCUGUGGAAGUGCUGAAGGAGCGGAGCCAGGAGCUCUCUCCUUUCAAGCAGUGCAAGAAGGACUCUCCUUUCAAGCUGCUGGAUGUUUCCUUUAACAGGAUCAAAGUUCUUCCGGUGAAGGAGCUGCGGGCCAUGCGCGCCUGGCUCAAGAAGGGCGUCUACUUCCACAACAACACUCUGACCUGCAGCUGCGAGCUGCAUGACCUGGUGGCCUACUGGCACCUCCGGGAGCUAAGCUCUGUGUCUGACUUUGCAGACAGCCACACAUGUAACAUGCCAGGUAAACAGAAUGAAAAAAUCCUGAAGCUGAACUGCAGUGAAGUCAAGAACCUGAAGAAAGAAGGCUACUUGGAGGAGACCAUGUUUCUCGACUGCGACACCAGACAUAAGUACAUGGCGAAGAGAUGGGUGCUGCCUGGAAACAUGUCAGCGAACAGCAGCAACGUCUUGAACGGUACUUUCCUCAAAAUCGAGCCACUGAAGGUGGAAGACUCCGGGGUUUACACCUGCUACGCCACCAAUGAUUCCCUCAGUGACACACUCCACAUUACUGUGGUGGUGUUCAACUGCACCAAGAGGUGCGGGUUGGAAGAUCUGAAAACAGCGUACACCACCCUGGGAACGUGUGUGGUCAGUUUGGUUUUGAUCCUGGUCUACCUCUACGUCACGCCACGCUGCUGCAGUUUCUGCUCAGGUGGGAACACAGAGAAGGACGACACCGGGGAGAGUCUCCACUCCUCCACGGUGAGCCUCCCUCUGGCGUACGGAGAGCAGGGAGCGGAGGCCGCGGGAUUCGCCUUCAGCCACGGGGACGUGCAGGAAAGUAAGAACGGGAGACUGAAUCCAAUAGGCGAGGACGACUAGCAGACAUCGAGGGACAGAGAGACCUGAGGCGGCAUCUGCCAGCUCCGAUGUUCCUGUGGUGGGAAAAACAAAAUCAAUGCACUGCAGAAACACCAAAAAAGUAUUUAUGGUCCAGUUUAUUGAGAAAAUAUCUUAGAACACUUGAAACAAGAUGAAACUAACGCAAAAGUAACUUUUCAGCAAGACGUAGGAGCCUGGUUUAAGUCAAUGUUGAUAAAAAAAAAGUUUUAGUUAAAAGUGAAAUUACUUGCCAGUGAAAGAAAAUAUUUUCUCCACAUUUAAAAUGGGGAAAUGUCUUGUUCCACGAUUUUGUACUACUGCGGCUAACAAUUAUGUUAGCAAUCGAUUAUAAUCGAUAAUCUUGAUUAUGUUAGAUUAGAUUUUCUUUCAGGAUUUUUGAAGGUUUUUUAGUUUGAGAAUUGGUUUAUUUUGCAAAAAUUGCUAUGAAAACACGUUUUUCCCACGUCACUCGAGUCACGCGAUCAGCAUAAUGAUAGAAUAAUUAAUUAAUUAAUCAGACUAAAAAACUAGUUCAUUCUGAUUUUCAUUUAAUACUUUUUAUACAAUACUACACUUUAAAAGACAUAAUAAAUCAAAUAAUUAGAUUAAUUUUAAAUAAAUAGCUAAAACUAUUCCACCCGAGGAGUUGUAAGUAGAACUAACACAGUUUUAUUAUUAUAUUAUUAUCUUAAAUGUAUAUAUUUUUGCAAAGUUUUAGCUUUAUUACUGCUCUGACUGAAUUAUUCUUUCAGCAAAAUGGCCUAUGUUAAAUCGGUAUGCUCCAGUUAAUGAUUAAUUACUUGAUUAAUUAGUUAAUGAUUACUAAAUUAGUUGACAAUU